CCCUCCACUCAGCAACACGCAAUAUCCAAGAGAAGUAUACUUCGCAGUUCGUACUACACUAAACAACACGCAAUAUCCAAGAGAAGGAUCUGGUUUGUCCGUUUGAUGACUUUUAUUUGUCAACGAAUUUCCAGCAAAGCUUCUUUCAGUGUACAACAAUGGCGGUCGACAGAGUUCCACCCAUCUUCGCAGCUCAGCUAAACUACCUUCUCUCUCAUUCCCCUUUCUCUAUCAAGGUUGAGCAGAUGUGGUCUGGGUCGAAAAACUAUCCUUGGAAUGAUCGAUUUACCUUGCUCAUACCCUUCUGCCUUGAUUUUAUCAAAUGGGAUAUUAUAUACAAUGUGGAGAGUCCAUUAUCCCCGCCGGAUAUAAUGUUUGGGGCUGAGGAUGAUAAGUUUAUUCCCUUUGUUUUAUCAAGUGAUCCUAGCAAAUCACCUAUGCAUACUUUGAGCAAUUGGAACAGCAAAGACCCUUCUAGAUUAUUGUCUCUCAUUCUUCAACUCAGGGAAUUAUAUUCAGCAUAUCAAGGGAAGUGUGUUGGAGGUGUUGACGAUGAGAGGGUGAAGUUUGAAAUUAGCACUAUGUUGUCCAGGGAGGGGAUCGAGAUGUCUCUAAGUUCAGGAGUUGAAAAGCCAGAGGAGGUUAAAUUUGCAGUCCCAUUGCUUGACACUAGCAUAAAUAAUAUGGUCCCUGCUUGCCCCUGGAGACAGCAGCAAAAGAUUCAUCUACAGGUAAUAUAUCCAAUCGGUAGAAAGUAUCAAUCUGCUCCUUCAGCUCCACGUUUGAAAUUGGUAUCAACUCUGGAGUUGAGGUCUCUAUUCUCUGUUGAGGAUAUCAAACUUCCAACAUGGCUAAAUGGAAUGUGCAUGGCUGAGUAUCUUCCUGCUUUAGAAGAAACUGUGCAGAUGCAGAUCCUGGAGGCAGUUUCUCUUAUUGGAAUCAGGAGGCUGUUUAUUGAGACAUUGACUGUCGUCUUUGGGAGGCCUUUAGAAGCUGAUCCAAUAUUUUGCAGAAAGGCAACAUUUCUUGUUGCUAAUGGAGUAUUUACAUUUUUGGUUCAUUUUCUUUUACCAAUCCAAUUUCCCAAGAAACAACCAACUUUGAUCCUUCAAAGUUCACAGCAUUUCAACAAACAAGGGGUCCCAGUCAGGUCACCUGUUAUGUCUGAAUACCCAUGGAGUCCUAGAUGGGAACUCUCAGAUAUGGCUUCUCGGAUAUUCGAUUUCGUGGUAGAAGAGUCUUCUAAUUUCAAGAAGAUAUGCAACGACGCUCUUCAACGUUAGGGCCUGUACCUGUUACCAAAGCAGCAGAUUUUUUCAGAAGUUAAGAUGUAGUAAUUAAUUUUGGUUCAGUUAUUUCCAUUGUGGUAAUUGAUUUCGAUUAGAUUUCCUCUGAAUUGGAAUUUUUUUUCCUUUUGGCUGAAAAAUAUUGCGCUUGUUGAUGGUAUUCACAGUUAGUAGUAGUUUGUAUCAUCGUCGUUGAUCAGUAUAUGCAAUCAGCAUUCAGAUUUCA